AUGCUUUUAUUUGUGCUGCUCGCUUUUGUGCCUUGUAAAACAGAAGAAAUAAGCAUGGUGUUUGCGAGCUUGGACAACAGAAUCAUUCCCAUGGAAAGCAUUCCCUUAUCUUCUAAUCUCAUUCUAACCUUUAGGGCCUUUGGAAGGGAAUUCAGGCUUAGAUUGAGCGAUUCGUCUCUUGAAGCCAAUGGAGUGCUUAUGAGACAGAACCUCUGCGACUUUUCUAUUACAUGUCUUGACAGAGAAGAAUGUUAUGGGUCGAUGUCCUUUUGCAACUCCAUCCGUGGAUCAUUUGUGUUCUCUGGAAUCAUGUAUCAAAUCAAAUCAACCGAAGAUGGAAGAGUUGAAAUCGAGGAACUAGGACAGGCCUCUAUGCAUGCACAAAAGGAUGCCAAGAAGCAUGUUGAAGCAAGAGGAGGGAAAAGAGUUAUCAAGGUCUUUUUGAUUAAUGAUUACGACAGAGUCCAAGAGAUAGGUCCAGAUAUAAACCUUGACACCAUGGAAAUAUUCAAGAAUGCGAGGAAUGUGUUCGAAGGAAAUAAAUGGAACAUUCAUGGAAUCAAACUAUCGUUGAAUGGUAUACUCAAUGUUGUAGAUAAACCUCUGGUGCAGGAACCUUUUAGCAGAUUGCAUAAUCUGGGAAUGACAGAAACCAGGGACUUCAAUCCAGAAUACAUAGAAAAGGCUGAUAGUAUCAGAGUGCUGAGUGCUUUCAGCCGAAUUCUUGGAUCUGCCAGGACAGACACAGAUGCAGGGUCAUUUCUAGAGACAUCAAACUUGAUUCUUCUUCUUCAAACAUCCAGCAUAAAGGUGAAUGGGCUGACGUUUGUUGGAGGAAUAGGCUCUUCUACCAGAAGAUUUGGUGUUAUCAGAAUCUCUGAAUCAGAUUCAUACUUCUAUAAAGGAAAGGUGCUAGCACAUGAAAUAGCACAUGGCCUAGGAGCAGAGCACGAACUAGAUGAAAAAUGCUUGAUGAGAGAAGAGGAGAGUCCAUUAGAGAAGGAAGAAAAUGCUGUACUCAGUCACAAGACCAUAAAGAAGAUAGAGAACUUUAUCCUGAAAAAUGAAUCGAAGUUUGGUGAGGUAGAUACAUGUGGAAACGGGGUGAUGGGAGAGGGGAAAGAGUGUGAUUCGGGGCUGCCGAAUGGCUCUAUCUGCUGCACCAGUCAAUGCAAGCUGAGGUCUUGGGCGCAAUGCGACGAUAGAAAUGGAAGAUGCUGUAUAGAUUGCGAGUUGCUCCCAAGAAAUACGACGUGUAAGGAAAAAACCUUAAACGUUCACAAGAUGGACUGUGAAGAGGGUAGCUACUGUGAUGGAAAGUCCCCCGAAUGCAGGAUCAGGUAUGUAAAGGACGGAUUAAGACCCGUUCCAGAAGGUGCCUGCAAGAAGGGAGUACUGCAAACAGAAGCUUUAAUGUGUGAGAGGGUUGGAAGGUUUUCUAGUGAGAAGUGUCCAUCUAGAGACGGAAAUCUCUGGUGCCUUGACCAGUAUGAUGUAUGCUUCCCUGUUUUUACCUCAUUUUCCUCUUCCAUAAAACUACUGCAUCUGAGAAGUCAAGAAGUCAAACCUUUAACCAUUAUUACAAAUAGAUCUAUGUUAUUACUAAUAGGUAUAUCAAUUUGUUUAUUGGUUGCCUCCAAGUUCGUUAUUCUAAGAAGAUAA